GGACUCUGCAGGGCGAAGGCGGUAGAUGGCGGGAUGCAGUGGCGCCGCCUAGUCAGAGACGCCGCUGCUGUUGCUAGACGACGCGAACUAGCCUUCGUCACUUCCUCAGCCCGCCGCCUGCCCACUCCCCAGGCCGGAACCUAGGAACCCGGAGCCAAGGUGGGCACAGAGUCGUCCUCAGAGGUCUAGGACAGCCGCCAGCCCGGCAGCUGGAGUCGAGGCCACGCCACCUGCGGGGAAGAACCCGAGUCGAGGCGGGAAGAUGGCUGCAGACAAGCCUGCAGAUCAGGGAACAGAGAAACAUGAAGGGACCGGUCAGUCCUCUGGGAUCACUGAUCAAGAGAAGGAGUUGUCCACUAACGCCUUCCAGGCUUUCAUGACUGGGAAUUAUGAUGCCUGUCUGCAACACCUUGCCUGCCUACAAGAUGUAAACAAAGAUGAUUAUAAAAUAAUUUUGAAUACAGCAGUAGCUGAGUUUUUUAAAAGUAACCAAACAACAACAGAUAGUUUGAGACAGACACUUAACCAGCUGAAGAAUCAGGUCCACUCGGCUGUUGAAGAAAUGGAUGGAUUAGAUGAUGUUGAAAACAGCAUGUUGUAUUACAAUCAAGCAGUCAUUCUUUAUCAUCUGCGGCAAUAUACAGAAGCCAUAUCAGUUGGUGAAAAACUUUAUCAGUUUAUAGAACCUUUUGAAGAAAAAUUUGCCCAAGCAGUGUGUUUUUUGCUUGUAGACCUGUAUAUAUUAACCUACCAAGCUGAGAAAGCUUUGCAUCUUCUUGCAGUCCUAGAAAAAAUGAUUUCCCAGGGUAACAAUAACAAAAAUGGAAAGAAUGAGGCUGGUAAUAACACCAACAAAGAUGGAUCCAAUCACAAAGCUGAAAGUGGAACUCUAAUAGAAGCUGCAAAAUCAAAGAUACACCAGUAUAAAGUAAGAGCGUACAUCCAAAUGAAGUCUCUGAAGGCCUGCAAAAGGGAGAUCAAGUCAGUCAUGAACACAGCUGGAAAUUCUGCACCCUCUCUGUUUCUUAAAAGCAAUUUUGAAUAUUUAAGGGGCAAUUAUCGAAAAGCUGUGAAGCUGUUAAACAGUUCAAACAUUGCUGAGCAUCCAGGAUUCAUGAAAACAGGUGAAUGCUUGCGAUGCAUGUUCUGGAAUAAUCUUGGUUGUAUCCAUUUUGCCAUGAGCAAGCACAAUUUGGGGAUUUUUUAUUUUAAAAAGGCUCUACAGGAAAAUGACAAUGUCUGUGCACAGCUCAGUGCAGGCAGCACUGAUCCAGGCAAAAAAUUUUCAGGAAGACCCAUGUGUACAUUGCUGACCAACAAGAGGUAUGAGUUGCUGUAUAACUGUGGAAUUCAGCUUCUUCACAUCGGAAGGCCCCUCGCCGCUUUUGAGUGCCUGAUUGAAGCUGUUCAGGUUUAUCACGCAAACCCCCGCCUCUGGCUACGGCUGGCUGAAUGCUGCAUUGCUGCCAAUAAGGGGACUUCUGAACAAGAAACUAAAGGUCUUCCAAGUAAAAAAGGAAUUGUACAGUCUAUUGUUGGUCAAGGCUAUCAUCGUAAAAUAGUUCUGGCAUCACAGUCCAUACAGAACACUGUAUAUAAUGAUGGACAGUCUUCAGCCAUUCCUGUAGCCAGUAUGGAGUUUGCAGCCAUUUGUCUCAGAAAUGCCUUGUUGCUUUUACCUGAAGAACAGCAAGAUCCAAAGCAGGAAAAUGGGUCUAAAAACAGUAAUCAACUAGGUGGAAACACUGAGAGCAAUGAAAGCAGUGAAACUUGCAGCAGUAAAAGCCAUGAUGGAGAUAAAUUCAUUCCAGCUCCACCUUCUUCUCCAUUAAGAAAACAGGAAUUAGAAAACUUAAAAUGCUCCAUACUGGCCUGUAGUGCUUACGUGGCUCUGGCUUUGGGUGAUAACCUUAUGGCUUUGAAUCACGCAGAUAAACUUCUUCAGCAGCCCAAGCUGUCAGGAUCUCUUAAGUUUUUGGGCCACUUAUAUGCUGCAGAAGCCCUCAUCUCUCUGGACAGAAUAUCCGAUGCCAUUACUCACUUGAACCCGGAGAAUGUCACUGAUGUCUCCUUAGGGAUCUCUUCAAAUGAGCAGGACCAAGGAUCAGACAAAGGAGAAAAUGAAGCAAUGGAAUCCUCUGGGAAGCGAGCCCCUCAGUGCUACCCCAGUUCCGUCAACUCCGCCAGGACCGUGAUGCUGUUCAACCUGGGCAGUGCCUACUGCCUGAGGAGCGAAUAUGACAAAGCCCGAAAGUGUCUGCAUCAGUGCUGCCAGGAACUGACCUUGGGCAGGUGUCCGGCCCUCAGACAUCCUCCGUGUUCCCACCUCAGCCCGCAAAGCCCUCGCUCCCACUCUGCCUAUCAGAUACCGACCCCGAAAGGACUACGGUGGGCUCCCCUUGCUGCAAAACUCCCCGUUGAAAGAAACUCUUGUUUCUUUCUCUCCACAUUCACAAUACAUGCUCUUUCCUGUCUCCCUAACAUUUAAGUACAUUUGGAUUAUUAGUUACUUGCAUGCCUGUUUGUUAUCAGGGUAGGUCCCUAUCUUGCCCUCACACCCACCCCUGGUAGAAGUACAAUCUUUGCUUAGAUAACGGGAAGGAGCAAAGUGGUCUGGAAGCGUGAGCGCCUGGAACCGAGUGGGGAAAUCCGAUUGGAGAGUAAGGUGAGGAAAGGCUGCAGCCAGGAGAGGCCCGGACUGAGGAAGUGAACCUGUCACCUCAGCACCUCUGACCAGAGCGGUCCAGGCUUACCUUUCUCGGGACUAAAUCAGAGAGAAACUGGUGGCCGGUGACAUGCCUCUCAGAUCUAGGAAAGGACAGCAUGUUGCCUAAACAAAUUAUUUUAUUUGACUAAAUUGUACUGUUUUAGGCCUUAAGAAUAGAGACAUCUAAUAUGUUUAGUUGUACUUUUUUUUCCCGUAUCACCAUCCUUUUAAGUUUGAAUUCUUAUUGCUGACAUUGGGAACGUGCAGGUUACAGUACUGAGUUGUUACUUAGGAAAAGGAACGGGCUGCAGAUUUUAAUACAAGUGCGACUGUAUCUGUGGUGGCAGGCCACCAGCAGACUUGGACGUUGACUGGAGCAAAGAAUCAGCAGUGUCUGAUCGCCCAUCUCAAAACCGAACUAGCCAGGAGAGAAAAGAACUACGCCAGGCAGAUGGAAACCAAGAGGGAGGAAAGCUUUCCUCCAUGAAGAACUCAUUAUGGAUUAGGCAAGCGAAAUAAAUACUUGACUAAAAAUUGCAUGUCGAGUUUCAUCGGUAGGGAUCACGACAAAGACACCCAAGGGCCACCAGAGCAGAACUGUAGUCGUCCCUAGGGGGUCAUGUGGGAAUGAGCCUGAGUAAGUUUGCUAACUUUCAUUGGUAGGCUGACAUACUCUUUUUUGGGGGGCGGGGGGCAUUACUUGGAGU